AUGCUAACCAAGAUCGACCCGCCGAUGGAUUCGGGUCGUAGAUUGUGGGCCGGCUCUUCCGGCCGGGGCACCCAAACCUUUACGCUAAGGGGUGAUGAGGGGAGCAACGAGGACGGCCCCGCAGAUCUGUUCCCGAAGUCCUUGAGGGCUCUCAAGAAGAAGUACCGGGGUUGUAGCGCCGCCUUUGGCUCAUGCGAUCCCCUCAUCGGCGUGGGCGGCGUGGUGGCUCCCGUGAGCUCUCGCCACAUCUCGGCGGCGAUAAGGUGGGUGGGCCGUGAGCGAGAUGGCGUCACGGUACUCCUGGAUCAUGGCCUCCUCGGGCCGGAUGAACCCGAUGGCCACGUUGAAUUCCACGAGGGUGGAAGUACGAAGACGGAGGCUAAGAACUCCGGUACCGCUUGUGGGUACACAUGUGUAGGUGGUGGUUGCGGCGGGAAUCCCCACCCAAUGCUUUGUCUAGAUGGGCCGGACGUCGUCCUCCCAUCCGAACUCAGCCAGGAUGUUAAAAUCUAG